AUAAAAAAAAUUCAAGAAGGAAUAAGCUAUCAACUAAAAACUCAAUCACUGCCAAUUUUAAUUUAAAAAACACUAAAAAUCCAUAAAAAAUCAUUUUUCACGAUAAAUCUAAAUUCAUGGGAUUCAAUCCCACGAGAACAGCUUUUAUAAAUCUCAAGAGCAUUAGACAUUGACUGAUGAUUUUAAAUCAGAUUAGCAUUUUUUUUUAUUCUUAAUCCCAUAAAUUACCGAACCAAAAAAGAACUCAACCAAAGGUUAUAUCGUAACGAUCUUAAUCCACGGAAUUUCUCACAAGUACAGAACAAAAAAUUAUUUUUAUACUAAAAUUUGAUCAACCGAGAUCGUAAGUUAAGAAAAUAGACGUCAGGGAUUGGUUGGUGAUGUGUCAGAAGGAUACAACUGCAAGCCUCAAUGACUGUGAUUCAACGAGCAUGAAGCAACCGCCGAGUGAGUACGUCUUCGAGGUUGCUAUGGCACUGUUUGGUAUGGUUUGGCUGUUGCGUGUUCGUUCGGAGAUGCGUCGUUGCUCAAAGUGCCGACGCGAAGAACUGUUGACUGAUCAACAACAACAACAACAGCAGCAGCAACAACAGCAUUUCCAUCAACAGUCACACCAACGUCACCACCAUCAUCAUCAUCAUCAGCAGCAGCAGCAACAUAAUCCGCAUCAAUCACUGUCUCAAACGACUAGUUUGAUUCAAACGCCAGAUGACGGCAUCACAAUGUCGUCUGUAAACACAUUGUUUACUUUGGACACUCCUGGAGCAACUGGACCAGCUGGAAGUUACUGCGAAGUUCACGGAUACGUUGCACCUAAAGAAGAUAUCCAGGAGUUUUAUGAACUAACGCUGCUUGACGAGUCUAAGUCAGUGCAGCAGAAAACUGUAGAAACAAUUCGCAUUGCUGAUAAAUGGGAAGCCAGUGACGGUCCAAUAACACCAACAUUUGCAUCAAAUGACGGUGGACCAGCUUCCGCUUUUCCAUUGACACAAACAUUGUUGAACAUUUACGAUCGGAGGUCAGCCAGCCCUGAUACUCCGAUAGACCAAAACCAGAAAACGAGAUAUGCAACAAGAAAUGUAGACGAACAGUUGCCACCGCCGCCUUCGCCACCUCAAAUAAAAGAGGCUGCUCAGGUAGACGGAGUGUCAAGACCAAAUUCUGUCGAGCGUGUGGUACAUCCGGAAUCAUCGCCACACAUUUUGGCAAAUCAUGACACGCAUAAAAGCCACGACAGCUGGCAGGGGCAUGAUGGAGAUCAGGCUCAUACGCCGCUUCUCGCAGCGGACCCACGACAUGCGAAUGGAGAUGAUGACUGGGAGUAUGAAGAAAUUAUACUGGAACGAGGUGGUGCGGGUUUGGGUUUCAGUAUCGCUGGUGGCACUGACAAUCCGCACUUUGGCAACGAUACAGCAAUUUAUAUCACAAAGCUUAUACCAGGCGGUGCAGCAUCAGCAGACGGGCGUUUACGUGUCAAUGACACGAUACUCCAGGUGAAUGAAGUAUCAGUUGUCGAUGUCCCCCAUGCAUCAGCGGUCGACGCGCUUAAAAAAGCCGGAAAUACUGUCAAAUUGUAUGUGCGAAGACGAAGACACACGCAUCUAACCGAGAUAGAAUUAAUAAAAGGUUCCAAAGGUCUUGGGUUCAGUAUUGCCGGAGGUAUCGGUAAUCAACACAUACCCGGUGAUAAUGGAAUUUACGUCACGAAAAUUAUGGAUGGUGGAGCGGCACAGGUUGACGGACGUCUCAUUGUUGGUGACAAAUUAGUCGCUGUCAGAAACAGCUUGGGUGAUAAAAACUUGGAAAAUGUAACACACGAGGAAGCAGUGGCGACUUUGAAAGCAACUCAAGACAGGGUAGUUUUGCUGGUCGCCAAACCGGAAGGCGUACUGCCACCACCGCCACCGGCUUCAGACCACUCGCUUUCACCACAACCACGUAAACAAAAUGGCUCGGUAACGGCAUUGGAAAAUAAUUCACUGGCAUAUUCACAAGAAUCGCGGCAUGCUUCUUCACUGGCACUUCAUGGAGCAGUAACACCACGAGCAGUAUCUCAGGAAGACAUCUCACGUGAGGUACGCACGGUGAUACUGAACAAAGGAUCAUCUGGGCUGGGAUUUAAUAUCGUUGGCGGUGAGGAUGGUGAAGGCAUCUUUAUCUCUUUUAUCCUAGCCGGAGGACCUGCUGAUGCUAGUGGUGAAUUACGACGUGGUGAUCAAAUUCUCAGUGUCAAUGGAAUUAAUCUCAGGACAGCUACUCAUGAGGAGGCUGCUGCCGCACUCAAGGGUACUGGACAAACUGUAACAAUUGUAGUACAGUAUAAACCUGAGGAUUACAACAGAUUUGAAGCUAAAAUUCAUGAUCUUAAACAACAAAUUUCUCAGCAAAAUUUAACAACGGGUACUCUAAUGAGGACCUCACAAAAAAAGUCCCUCUACGUUAGGGCUCUAUUUGAUUAUGACCCGAACAAAGACGACGGUCUACCAAGCCGCGGUUUGGCUUUUCGUUACGGCGAAAUAUUGCACGUGACGAAUGCCAGUGAUGAUGAAUGGUGGCAAGCGAGGAGAGUCACCCCUCAUGGUGACGAAGAGGGUUUGGGUAUCAUCCCCUCGCGUAGACGAUGGGAGCGAAAACAACGGGCCAGAGAUCGUUCUGUUAAAUUCCAGGGCCACAUGCCUGUUAUAUUAGACAAGCAAUCAACGCUCGAUAGGAAAAAGAAAAACUUUUCGUUCAGUAGAAAGUUCCCAUUCAUGAAGAGUAAAGACGACAAAUCCGAGGAUGGUUCUGAUCAAGAACGGUCGCCCACAACACCUGAGAAUGAAAACGAUCCUACUCCAUUCAUGCUGUGCUAUACCCAGGACGACACUAAUACUGAAGAUUUGUCAUCCGUCGCAGGAAGUAAAGAAAUUUUAUAUCGCGUUGAACUACCCUAUAUGGAAGAACUGACUUUAGUUUAUCUGGAAAAGGAGGACGAUGAGAAUAAUGUUGAUCUUUGUAGCGAAGAAAAUGUACUAUCAUACGAGCCCGUUCAACAAAUGACUAUACAAUACACACGCCCUGUAAUAAUAUUGGGACCGUUAAAAGAUCGUAUCAACGACGACCUUAUUUCUGAAUUCCCCGAUAAAUUUGGAAGCUGUGUACCUCACACGACGAGGAGUAAACGAGACUACGAAGUUGAUGGCCGAGAUUAUCAUUUCGUUGCGUCGAGAGAACAAAUGGAGAAAGACAUACAAAAUCACUUGUUUAUUGAAGCUGGACAGUACAAUGACAACCUUUAUGGCACUUCUGUAGCUUCUGUACGAGAAGUAUCAGAAAAGGGUAAACAUUGUAUACUGGAUGUAAGUGGAAAUGCAAUUAAGAGGUUGCAAGUUGCUCAACUUUAUCCAAUUGCCAUUUUCAUCAAACCCAAAUCCGUAGAAUCUAUUGUGGAAAUGAACAAAAGAAUGACUGAAGACCAAGCGAAGAAAACGUACGAACGUGCGUUAAAAAUGGAGCAGGAAUUUGGCGAAUACUUCACCGCGGUUGUACAAGGAGAUACACCCGAGGACAUUUACGUAAAAGUAAAGGAAGUUAUUGCCGAGCAAUCAGGACCGACCAUUUGGGUACCAUCUCGGGAUCAGCAACUGUGACGUCCUGCCCCCAAUGCGUCUCAAGGUCCAAAUUCAUGGACCUUACCACCAAGGCGUACCGAAUAAUAAUAAUAAUAAGAAUAUCAACAACAAGAACAACAACAAAAAUAAUAAAAAAAAUUAAAUUAAUGCAGCUUGACUAAUACGCAUAUACAUUAUUCAAGUAGCAUAAAUUUAUCCGAGGCGCGUCGAAAAGUGAACAAAAAAAUAUUAAACGUCUCGCUAAUGACAUAAUAAAAAAUAUAAUAAUUGAUUUUAUAUUUUAUUUUAUUAUGAUUAUCAAAACGGUAUUAAUUGUUAUUAUCAAAUAACAACAACAAAAUAUAUAAUAUAAUGAAAAAAAAAAAGUUUUUCAGUUCUUACGUAGUUUAGAACUGAUAAGAUCGGUAUUUUAUGAUCACGCAAAUUAUAGUUGAUAAUUACUAAUUUAAAAAAUAAUAAUUAAUAAAAAAAUAUUAAUUAUAUUAAUUAAAAAUAACGAAAUCAAAUUGACAUUCGUUUGUAGUAAUUAAAAUUAUUUUAACAAAUUAAUUUUUAUUGGAACAAAAAAAAAUCUAAAGUUAUUUAAUUAAUUAUUAGAAAUAAUUUUAAUACACUGACAAAUUAAAAUAAAUUAAAAACGCGCCACAUUUAAAAAAAUUUAAAUUAUUCAUCUGUACUUAAUUCGCAAAUUAAUUUUAAUCAACAUUAAUGUAUUGUUUAUGUUUAUGUAUUGAUCGACGUAUUUGUUUAUAAAUUGGCGCUAAAUCGUGUGCUUCGAGCGAGAUGUUUAGAGAUAAUUAAUUAAUUAUUAACGUGGAAUGGAAAAUAGAUGAAGAAAAAAAAAUGAUAAUUGUAACUGUGAGAUGAUAAAUCGUACCAUGUAACAGAUAAUAAUAAACUGAUUGACUAAAAAAAUAAGUUAAUAAAAAGUUAUAUAGUAUUGCAAAGUCAAGCGCGCAACUUUACGAUCUAUCCGAGCUCACAAGACAAAUCGUUAGUUAUUUAGGAUAGACGAUAUAUAAUGUUUUGUACAGCUAGAUGAUAAAAAUAAACCAGUAAUGGGUUACGUGCAACAUUAUAUAGAAAAUAAUAAUAAUAUAAUAAUAAUAAAUUAAUUAACGACAUAAAUAAUUAAAUAUUGUAAUUUAAAAUGCUACUACUAAUUUAUUAUAUAAAAUAGUAGUACGGAAUAAUAAUUGUAAAUAUUUAUUAUUAUAUUAUUACAUAAAUAAAUAAAUGAAAAAUAUAUAUAUAAUAAUGCCUGAUAUAUUUCGGAGUGAAAAAAAACGGAUGAAGAAAGUAUAAGAGGUUUUGAAUGUUAAUUAUUGUAGGCAGUAUUUAUAAAUAAUUAAAUUUAAAUAACAUUUCACAUCGCGAACUCUAUACGCAAGAGAUAUAAAUAUAUAAAAAAUACUAUUAAUUAAUUAUUAUUAUGUAUAUGUAUAUGUAUAACUUAUAAUCUUAUUAAGUCUUUAUUAUUAACAUUUUAAAUUCGAAUUGUUGAGUCGCGUACGUUUAACGUCUUCGCGACACUUGACGUCACAUCACGGAAUAUUUUAUUAUUAAUUCGUAAUUAAAUUUUUUUUUUUUUUCAUAAUUACUAGUAUUAAUAUUCUCGUGAUUUGACUGUUAGUUGCCUUCGCAAAUGGAGUUCUGUAUUCAAUAAACGCGAGAUAAUUAUAUGAAAAUAUAAUAAUAAUUAAUUUUAAAGAAACGCGUUUUGAUUUUAAUUUUUUUUAAAAAUGGACUGUACUUAUUUUAUGUUACGUGUUUUUAUUAUUUAAGAAAGUAAAUGAGAGAUGUUAGUUUAUGUGUAAUAGGCAUGAUAUUAUGACAAUUGUUUAUCAAUUUAAUUAUUAAUAUUAAUAUUAUUAUUGUAAUAUAAUUUUUAAAAAGAGAACAAAUAUGUAAAUGCAUGAUUUAGUUCGGCCUGAGGGUCUGCGCAGUUAAUUCACUGAUCAUUAUCAUUAAUAUUAUAAUUAUUAUUAUUAUUAUUAUUAAAUAAUUACUGAAACAUUGACACGUUAAUAUUUGUAAUAAAGAAUAAAAUAAAAAUCUCAAUAA